AUGACAAAAGAAGGUCAAUUCCAGGCUGUAGCAGCACUACAAGGCACCACAGCUGCAUCUGCAACGGCAAAUAAUGGCACAGAACCAGCAAUCCCAGGAGGAGGGGGGAAAGAAGAUGCCUUUUCCAAGUUAAAGGAGAAAUUUAUGAAUGAACUGAACAAAAUUCCAUUGCCACCUUGGGCCUUAAUAGCCAUAGCCAUAGUUGCAGUCCUAUUAAGCCUUACCUGCUGUUUUUGUCUGUGUAAGAAAUGCUUGUUCAAAAAGAAAAACAAGAAGAAGGGAAAGGAAAAGGGUGGAAAGAAUGCAAUUAACAUGAAAGAUGUAAAAGAUUUAGGAAAGAACCUCAAAGAUCAGGCCCUUAAGGAUGAUGAUGAUGAUGCUGAAACUGGGUUGACUGAUGGGGAAGAUAAAGAAGAACCCAAAGAAAAUGAGAAAUUAGGAAAAAUCCAGUACUCUUUGGAUUAUGACUUCCAGAACAACCAGCUUUUAGUGGGAAUUAUUCAGGCUGCUGAACUGCCUGCAUUAGAUAUGGGUGGUACAUCUGAUCCCUAUGUGAAAGUGUACCUGCUUCCAGAUAAGAAGAAGAAAUACGAAACAAAAGUUCACAGGAAGACCCUUAACCCUGUCUUCAAUGAGCAAUUUACAUUCAAGGUGCCAUAUUCUGAACUGGGAGGAAAAACUUUAGUGAUGUCGGUAUAUGACUUUGAUCGCUUCUCCAAACAUGAUGUAAUUGGGGAGUUCAAGGUGGCAAUGAAUACAGUGGAUUUCGGUCAUGUGACUGAAGAGUGGCGGGACUUGCAAAGUGCUGAAAAAGAAGAGCAAGAGAAGCUAGGGGACAUCUGCUUCUCUCUCCGCUAUGUGCCUACUGCUGGCAAGCUGACUGUUGUCAUCUUGGAAGCGAAGAAUCUGAAGAAGAUGGACGUGGGAGGCUUAUCAGAUCCCUAUGUGAAAAUCCAUCUGAUGCAGAAUGGCAAACGGCUGAAGAAGAAGAAGACAACAAUUAAGAAGAAUACUCUGAAUCCCUAUUACAAUGAGUCUUUCAGCUUUGAAGUACCAUUCGAGCAAAUCCAGAAAGUGCAAGUUGUUGUGACUGUUUUGGACUAUGACAAGAUUGGCAAGAAUGAUGCCAUUGGCAAAGUGUUUGUGGGCUACAACAGCACUGGUGCAGAGCUGCGACAUUGGUCAGACAUGUUGGCCAACCCAAGGCGACCCAUUGCACAGUGGCACACCUUACAACAAGAGGAAGAGGUAGACGCUAUGCUUGCAGUCAAGAAGUAG